AUGACAGAACGAACCGAACAGCGAAUUUCCAUAAAAUUUUGCUUUAAUCUCGGUAAAAAUUGUGCGGAAACUAUUGAAAUGUUGCAGAAGGCCUUUAAAGGUGAGUGUAUGGGCGAAGCACAAUUUAAAGAGUGGUAUAGGCGGUACAAAAGUGGCCGCACAUCUGUUGAUAGUGAUCCUCGUUCUGACCGACAUUCAACAGGAACUUCGUCGGAUAAUGUCGAGUGUGUGUGUGUCGCAGUUGAACAAGAUCGUCGUUUGACUGUGAGACAACUAGAAGAUGAACUUAAAAUACCAAAAAGUACUGUUUGGCGAAUUUCAACCGAGAAUUUGGGAAUGACCCCACAUCGAUUGGACGAUAAAGAGACUGUUGAAACUAAUGGGACGAAUGCACUAAAGGCGAUUACGAAGUCUGACUUUCAAGAGAGCUUUAAUAAGUGGAAACAUCGAUAUAAGCGUCUUGUUCAAUCAAAUGGAUAA